AUGGCCUCACUGGGCUGUAUAUUUUGGAUGACAGCAGGGGUUGAGAUGUUGAAUGUGGAAGGGAAUGCAGACAAGAAAUGUUUUCGAGUGUUUUGCGUAAAGGAGAAGGAGGAAAUUGCGAAGAUCAUAAGGCAGGAAGUUGAUGAGGAGGCUACGCGGGGUGCCUUGAACUUGAUGGGGAUGUAUAAGUGA